AUGACGGAAAGCCCUUAUUCUGUGCCCAACAAGGGGCCGACCUUCAUGAUCGUGACGGGGAUCUUGUGCUUCAUUGCACUGGUCCUCGUCCUGUACAGGUUGUUUAAUGGCUGGAUGAUGCGAAAAGCCAUACACAAAGAUGACAUGCUUAUUGCAGCAUCAAUGACUGUGUUAAUAAUUACCACAAUAGUUGGUGAUUUGGCAAAUUAUUAUGGAUUUGGUCGUCACAAGGCAGAUAUCGCGAAGACGGGAGGGAGUCGGGUUGAUGCACUCAAGUACUUCUGGCUCUUCCAAGUCACAUACAAACUUGUCCUUGGCCUGACCAAACUCUCUUUCCUCACAUUCUAUCUCCGCAUCUUCCCCAGCAAAAGAUUUCACAUGAUCUGCUAUGGGACGAUGGUAGUGAUUCUCGGCGGGGUUAUCGGAUUCGUCUUCGCCACCAUUUUUCAAUGUUUACCGGUGCAAGGGUCAUGGCAUAAAGAAAUUCACUCCACAUGCAUCAACAACGCCUGGUUCCGAUGGUGGUGGGCAGGUUAUACUACGUCGACCGACAUUUGGAUCUGUCUGCUCCCCAUGCCCUUGCUGGCCAGGCUGCAGUUGGACAAGGUCCGCAAGAUUGGUGUCAUGCUGAUGUUCGCCCUUGGUCUUUUCGUCUGCAUUACUAGCAUUAUUCGUAUCAACGCGCUGGUGCAGAGUGUCAACACGGACGACCCAACCUGGGGAUCCUGGGACGCCUUGCUGUGGAGUGCCAUUGAGGCCGACUGCGGUAUCAUCUGCGCCUGUCUGCCAUAUCUCAAGCACCCGCUCAAGCAGCUUGUCCCCAGGCUGUUCUCGACACUCACUAGCAGAGCCCAGCACAGCCGACCCACCUACAAGCUCAGUGCCUUUUCCUCUUCCCGGGGAUACCACAGACACAGUGCUGCUACGGACGACUGGAAAAACCUGCCUGGGCCCAGGGGCAUGGGCAGCCAAGACCCUAUUGCUCCAAAUCAGAUCAUGAUGAAAACAGACAUUUCGCUCAAAACAGAACCUAUGGAUUCUACAGAGGUGCCCGGUCGAGCGGUGUGA